AGUUAGUUUUGAUCCAAAGAAAUGAAAUGACUGAAGCUUAGAUAUUAUCGCCACUGCUAUUUGUUUUUCUCCUCCAAAAACUAUACCCGCUCCUCUCCCUCUCUUUCUCUCUCUCUCUCUCUCUCUUCAAUCUGUUCUCGCAAGCCCAAACCAUGACUGCUAUUUCCAACUCCUUGAUUCUAACUAAGAAUCAAGCCCUUCAUUUUUCCUCUGGAUCUCCUCUGAAGCGAUCCAACGAAUGUUUGGGGAGUGCAAACUUGUCUUUCAAUUUCAAUCCCAAGCGUGCUGAGAAGCCUCAACUUUCUAUAUCCAGAAAGUCCUUGGCAGUUCAAGCUGCCUAUAGUGAUGGUGGCAGGCCAAGUAGUGCAAGCAUCUUUAUUGGUGGCUUUGUUCUGGGAGGAAUUAUAGUUGGCACACUGGGUUGUGUAUACGCACCUCAGAUCAGUAAAGCCCUGACUGCAACUGACCGAAAGGAUUUAAUGAGGAAACUGCCCAAAUUCAUCUAUGACGAGGAAAAGGCUUUGGAGAAAACUCGAAAAGUAUUGGCUGAGAAGAUCGCACAACUCAACUCUGCCAUAGAUGAUGUUUCUUCUCAGCUCCGAUCAGAAGACGGCCCUAAUGGAGUAGCUGUGAGCUCGGAUGAAAUUGAAGCCACCAUAUAAGACUGAUCUCAGUCGCAAUAUGGUACCAGUUUCUGAUAAAAUAAUAAUUGAACUUCUCGCAAAGUAGUGAACCAUGUGCUCAUGAAUCAUUAUAGAUUAUCAUUUGGGAGUAUUAGUUCUUAGCUUGGGAAUAUAGAUUUUCUGUUGUUGUUCGAACAUGUUGGUCUCAGAAUUGCUAAUAUUUGAAUGGUGUACUCACUUUUCUUGCUA